AUGUUUCUCACAGUAGUUUCUUUUGCAGUUGUUGCACAUGCCUGGGGAGUUCUAGAAUCAGAAUCGGAAGUACAGGAUGUGCAUGACCCUGGAGGCCUUCCAGCAAGGCUGCAGGCAAGGCCAAGAGAAAGAUACCCCUAUAUCGUGCGUCUGAAGGGAGAAGUCACGGACGUGACAAAAUGUGCUGGAGUGCUCUUUACAGCGGAGCACGUUCUGACCGCAGCACAUUGCCUUGAUGAAGUUGGGCCAGAUCUCUAUGUGGUUGUUGGAGGUGCCCAUAACGAUAGUGACCAGGUUGUGCGAGCAGAAGUACUAGCCUAUCAUCCAAGAUGGAAAAGUCAUCGUCAGCACGACUUUGACUUUGGCUUGUUGCGACUCCCAAUAGCUGUGCGUGGUUCCACGCCUUCCUUAGGUGCUAUCCCACCAGGGGUGGCAUCGUUGGUACAUGCUCAGAAUGCUGCAAGCUGGGUAGAAGUCCAUGUGCAGGAGACGAAUGCAGAUCUGCUCCCAAUGGCUGUGAAUGAUGAGGAUCGCAGGGACGGCUGUUCUCACAUGCUGUGUCUCAACCCUGAUGAAAAUCAGAAGUUGAGCAAAGGUGACAGUGGCAGUCCACUUCUGAUUCCUGAUGCCCAAAACUGGGACGUGGAAUUGGGAGAUCCUAAAUUGGACCUUGUUGUGGGAAUUGUAUCCUUUGGAAGCAGCUGUUGUGGAGGGGCGAGGGAGGAAGAGGAAAGACAACAAACUGGAGAAUAUGCAGGGGCGCACUUGCGUCUCGACCAUGUUCAGGACUGGAUUCGCGAUGUGUCUUUCAAACCAUUCCAGUCCCUUGGCAAACAGAUUCAUCGGGAGAAUACGAGGAAUGUCCCAGAUGGGCGUGUGCAGUACAUGGUGUCUGUAAGGAGACCCGGUGCACGCACCCAUAUCUGCAGUGGUGUUCUAGUCCACUCACAGUGGGUGCUGACUGCGGCUCACUGUGUGGACAACCAGUCACCAUACAGUGCUGGCCGAAACCCUGUUGUCCACAUCAGCGAGACAAAUGCAGGGGAACUGGGCAUAGAUGACGCACUGGCUGUGGUGGCUGUGAAGUCUGUGAUUCACGGUGAAUGGGAUGGAAAGCAGGGCUCACCAUACAAUGCAGCCCUCAUAAAGUUGCCAGAGCGCUGCAGCCUCACUCUUCCGCGCGUGGCCGGCGACCAUUUUACCCUGGUGCCGGGGCAGAGGUUGUCUGCCUUUGGGUAUGGAAGCACAGAUCUCAAGCUUGGUUCUGACAUCUUUGGCACCCUGAAAACAGAAGAGCAACUGUUCAUUGCCGACACAGUGUGCAAUGGGGGGGGGAUGUGGGGUGGAGCAAAGCCUGAGGGUCUGCUGUGUGGUCUGAAUGGUCGACAGGAAGCAUCAUGUGUGGUGGAUUCUGGUUCACCACUCAUGCUGUUGGACGCACCUGGCGAUGAAUUUGCUCGAGGCAUCCCAAGCCUGGACUUCCUCAUUGGCAUAAAUGUAGAUGGGGCGCCCUGUGGAAAGCGAGCCAAGCCAGACAUCUACGUGGAUGUGCAAAGAAUAAAAAGCUGGAUUGUCGAGCAGACAGAGGGCCUGGAAACCUGCUCACAUCUGUUCCCAGGGCCGGCGCCCAAGGGGCGCCUCCCAUAUUUGGCCUCCAUUCGGCCAUUGGGCUCUGACAGCGCUGUGUGCAGUGGGGUGCUAGUGAAGGAUGAGUGGGUGCUGACUGCAGCCCACUGCAUCAAUGCGGCGCAGCUCACUGUCACCCUUGGGAGAUAUGCCGGUGAUCAAAUUGCUGUGCAGAUCUGUGAAAUGCACCCUAACUGGACAGGCACCCCUGAUGAUGGGAGUGACAUAGCUCUGCUGAAGCUGUCAGCUAGAGCUGCUGCGAAGGUCCCCAUGUUGCCAUCGCAGGCAAGCUACAGUCCUUGCACCACUUCCAUGGCGGCAGGAUUCAGACGGGACGGCAGCAUGGUGCCAGUUGAUGUGCUUCCCAAUGGGACGAUAUCUCUGCAUGGUCUGCAUCCAGACUCCGGCUCCCCUAUCCUGCUGCUAGAUUCCAGUGGCAGGGGCAUCCAAGGCCAGGGCCAGGGGUACCCUUUGAAUGACAUCCUCAUUGGCAUCGUGUCAGCACAAGACUGCACGCUUUUUGCAGGGGGUGUCUCAGAUUGGGUGCACAAGAAAACAGCUGCCCAG